AUGCGCGCUUUCUCACCAACCGUAACGCUCACCCGUCGUAAAGAUUCUCCUUCCUCCUCCUCGCGGAGCGCGAAGUGUACCACGACGACGACGACGACAAAAGCGUGUCUGACGACGACGAGGACGCACCCUUUCAGCGCACCAUUAAAAGCUUCUCAUCGUCGACUCCACAUCCGCGCAACGAACGACGACGACGACUCCAAGAAAGCACGAAAAGAAGAAGACAAAGAAGACAAUUCCCUCUCAUCGCCGUGGGCGCAACCUGGAUACAAAGGCGCGUGGGUCUCCCAACAAGACGACCGGACGCAAAUUUUGGUCGUCGUUUCGAUAUGGAUCGGUCUGUGUCUGUUGACGUACGUCUCGUGCGCGAAAGUCGGCCCUUUCGUGGAAGAGCUUGUUCCGGACUUUGUUUUUCAGUUUUCCAAGCGCACGUGGCCUUUGCUCGGCCUGACGUACGUGCUCGCCGGAGCUGCGCACUUCGCGUUACCGGAAGGUUUUGAUGCCAUGGUACCGCACGAAAACGCGUUCGGAGGCCUCUGGAAACUCCCUGGUUCGAAGCGAUUCCACGUCAAUUGGACCGGCGCGUGCGAAAUUGUAGGCGGUUUAGGCACGCUCUCGCUCGUCGUCGAUCCGAACUCCUCCCUCGGGAAAGUCUCCGCGUUUGCGUUAUUCGCGUUAACGUUAGCUGUAACCCCCGCGAACACGUAUAUGUUUACGAACAACUCCCCGGGACCGUUACCCCCGGACGCCACGGAAGAGAUGAUGGUGUUGACGCCGCCGCAACACUUCGCCAGAGGUUUGCUCCAAGUCUUUCUGUUGACGAUGUUAUGGGGCGUCGCCACGGGUUAG